GGGUUCUUGCGAGUGGGAAAAGCUUUCCCUUUUCCAAUUUCCCCUUCAAAAAUCUUCUCUUCAUUUUCCAUAAUCAUCACACAAAUCACGCAUACUCACCCACACAAACACACUGACUCGGAGAAGAGAAAACCCACUUCCAAGAAUCAAAUCUUUUCUCCAUCGAAACAUUGAUUUAAGGUUCCGUUUUCUUUCAAUGUAGCCCAAUUGAUCGGAACCCAUGUUUUUCCCUAUUUGAUUCGUUGAUUGAGUUCAACAUCUGUGGGUUUUUUUUAAAGGGAGGGAAAGGUAGGGUUUGUUUUAUGAUGCUUUGUCCUGAAUUGAACACUCAGAUACAAACAUGGCUUCGUGAUUACGACAAGAUUCAAUCUUUCGCCGUGAAACUCAUUUACAUUCAACUUGCUUGUGCUUUGAUUGGAUCAUUGGGGGUAUUGUAUAAUGGAGUUUCCCUUAUAAAUCUUGGGAUUGGAUUAUUCGCAUUGGUUGCAAUCGAGAGUAGCAGCCAGAGUCUCGGCCGAACUUAUGCUGUUCUUUUGUUUUCUGCAAUUUUGCUAGAUAUUUUGUGGUUCAUCCUCUUCGGUCAAGAAAUCUGGGACAUUUCUUCAGAGAUUUAUGGAGAAUUAGCCAUAUUUUCAGUGAGACUCACUCUGUUAAUGCAAAUUAUUGGGUUCAUGGUAAGAUCAUCAUCCUCAUUAUUAUGGAUUCAGAUGUAUAGAUUGGGGCCAUCACUUGUGGAUAGUACAGUUCCUCGAGAUGGAGACUUGGAUUUGAGGAACAGUUUUAUGAGUCCUGCCACCCCACCUGUAGUUAGACGUACUUCUGGUUCUGCCGAUUUAUUAGGAGGCUCCAUCUAUGAUCCAGCAUACUACUCGUCUCUUUUUUCAGAUAACCAAGAUGAAGGAUCUUUACACUCGGGUCACAACCAUCGUAUUGGCAUGGAUGGCUCUUUGUCUGAUCCUCUGUUGAAGCCAUCUUUAAGCAAAUCUUUUCGGGCUACACAUGAAAGGACCGUAGUAAGCAGGCUCGGGAGCCUUUAACCCAAGCCAAAAACGGGCAGUAUGUCCCACUCAGAACUAGGGUCUCGGAGGCUGGGGAGCCUUUGAGGUAGAGUAUUUCCAUCGUAUUCGAUAGCUAUGGGCAUAACUAGCAUUCUCCAGAUAUUUUUUAUUACCAAAUGGAGGUUCAUUCUUAUACUUGAAUUAAAUGUACAGUUGCAUCUUACUUACAUGUAUUAAUUUAGUGGAAAAGGGCAAAAAAUGCCGAACCGCUAUACAUUUGCAACUUUCUUGCUACAAGGGUUGUACCUCAUGCAUGUUUCGAUUAUACAUUCGAGCCAUAUCAACCGUAGUGCUACAGCGGUUGUACUUCGUUCA